UGUGAGGUGCGCUGAGCGUAGGCUUACCGAGGGCGCGCGCAGAACACGGUUGCCCCUCGCUCCCUUCGCGGCCGGGUGCGGGAGAACGCGAGGAGUGACCCUAAACCUGUCGCCGGGCUUCACCUUGACGGUUGCGCACCAUCCGCCUCCGGCCCGCUGCCCCGUGGGCCAGAGGCCGCGCGUCCUCCAACCCCCUUUCCCGCAGAGGGCGCGCGGGAUCCUACGCCGAUCCAGGCCGGGUUUUGCGGCGGCAAGCGAAUGUGCUGAUCUCUCAUCUGCCCUUCUCCGCACAGUUGGCGGCGGGAGAUCAUGGUGCUGGACGAACUGUGGACCGAGCUCCCUGGCGCCUCAGUGGCUGCCCUGGCCUGCUGCUUCGUUGCAGCGGCCGUGGCCCUGCGCUGGUCAAGUCGUCAGCCGGCGCGGGACGCGGGGGCCAGGGCACGACGCAAACAGCGGGCGGCUCUGGAGACCAUGGAUAAGUCGGCGCAGCGCUUCCGCCUCCAGAACCCCGACCUGGACUCAGAGGCACUGCUGGCCCUGCCCCUGACUCAGCUGGUGCAGAAGUUACACCGAGGGGAGCUGUCCCCGGAGGCUGCACUCUUCACCUACGUGGGAAAGGCCUGGGAAGUAAACAAAGAGACCAACUGUGUGACCACCUACCUGGCAGACUGUGAGACUCAGCUGUCCCAGGCCCCAAAGCGGGGCCUGCUCUAUGGAGUCCCUGUGAGCCUCAAGGAGUGCUUCAGCUACAAGGGCCAGGACUCAACACUGGGCUUGAGCCUGAACGAGAGCAUGCCUGCAGAGUGUGACAGUGUGGUGGUGCAGGUGCUGAAGCUACAGGGUGCUGUGCCCUUCGUGCACACCAACAUCCCUCAGUCCAUGUUCAGCUAUGACUGCAGUAAUCCCCUCUUUGGCCAGACCUUGAACCCACUGAAGUCCUCUAAGAGCCCAGGUGGUUCCUCUGGGGGUGAAGGGGCCCUCAUUGCAGGUGGAGGCUCCCCCCUGGGCUUAGGUACUGACAUCGGAGGCAGUAUCCGCCUUCCCUCCUCCUUCUGUGGCAUCUGUGGCCUCAAGCCCACGGGAAACCGCAUCAGCAAGAGUGGCCUGAAGGGCUGUGUCUAUGGACAGGUAGCAGUGCAAAUGUCAGUCGGCCCCAUGGCCCAGGAUGUGGAAAGCCUGGCACUGUGCCUGCGAGCGCUACUGUGUGAGGACAUGUUCCGCUUGGAUGCUGCCGUGCCCCCCCUGCCCUUCAAGGAGGAGGUCUACACAAGCUCUCAGCCCCUGCGUGUGGGGUAUUAUGAGACCGACAACUAUACCACACCAACCCCGGCCAUGAAGCGGGCCCUGCUGGAGACGAAGCAGAGCCUGGAGGCUGCUGGCCACACGCUGAUCCCCUUCCUGCCAAGCAAUAUACCCUAUGCUCUGGAGAUCCUCUCAACAGGUGGGCUGUUCAGUGAUGGUGGCCACAGCUUCCUACAGAACUUCAAAGGUGAUUUCGUGGACCCCUGCUUGGGAGACCUGAUCUCAGUUCUGAAGAUACCCAGGUGUUUGAAAGGACUGCUGGCUUUCCUGCUAAAGCCUCUGUUCCCAAGGAUGGCAGCCUUUCUUGGCAGUAUGAAGUCCCGGUCGGCUGGAAAGCUCUGGGAACUGCAGUACAAGAUUGAGGUGUACCGCAACUCUGUGAUUGCCCAGUGGAGAGCACUGGACCUGGAUGUGUUGCUCACCCCCAUGCUGGGCCCUGCUCUGAACCUGAAUGCUCCCGGCAGGGCCACAGCGGCUAUCAGCUACACUCUGCUCUACAACUGCCUGGACUUCCCAGCGGGGGUGGUGCCUGUCACCACAGUGACCGCUGAGGACGAGGCUCAGAUGGAACAUUACAGGGGCUACUUUGGAGAUAUCUGGGACAAGACGCUACAGAAGGCCGUGAAGAAGAGCGUGGGGCUGCCCGUGGCCGUGCAGUGUGUGGCUCUGCCCUGGCAAGAAGAGUUGUGUCUGCGGUUCAUGCGGGAGGUGGAGCGACUGAUGACCCCUGAAAAGCAGCCAUCCUGACUGCCACCCACUGGGCUCUGGGGACCUGAGAUCCACUCGAUCUGUGCCCAGCCUAGUCUGGGCACAGCUGCCACCCUGUGAGGAAAUGUUCAGCCUGGGCCAGAGGCUUCCAUGUACCCCUCCCCUGAUCUUCUACAAGAAGCACAGACGCCCUGAGUCUGGACCUUGCCCCCCCUUCUGAUCCCUCCCUCUGCCCUGACAUGCCCACCACAUGGCAGGCAGUGGGUGUGACAUGGGCAAAAGCCCACUAACAGUCAAGAAAUGUUUCUAGUCUGUAUGCUCUCUGGCCAUCAUCAUUGUCAGGGCAUUGGGGGUUGAGCCCUACUCCAGCCCCGGCAAUCUCAUGGUUCCCAUCCCCCACAGGAGGGACACAGGCUUCUCACCUCACCCAUCCCCCUGUCCCCUCACUUAGACAAAGCCCUACUUUGCUAAGCAUUGCCCUUCUCUUCUUCUUUCCUUUGCUCCUUCCCUCUCCAAGGAUGCCCUUUCUGCUCCUCUACCAUUAAAUCCUUCGAGGCCCAGCUCAGAUCCCUCUUUCCCAAGAAGGCCUUCCCUCCUUCCUCUGAGCCCUGGACUAGGUGGACUGUUUCUUCCCAGUCUGUCCUCUGUGGUGAGCAUCUGUGGGUGGGUUUGCUUCCCUUAGUACGCUGGUUCUCCUUGACAGGAGGGACCCUAAUGCUGUAUCUUUGUCCUUGGUGGCCAGCAAAGGGCUGGGCAUAGGGCAGCAGGGAGUCUGGAGGGCUGGCCCUGAGCUGGCUCUCUUGUGGGGAGGGGGCCCAUAGGCCUCGAGAAGAGAGCAUGAGACAAGGCGAUCUGGUAGCACUCAUAGGGCUGGCCAAGGACUGGAUUGUUCUAGGAAGGCUUCCUGAAGGAGGAAGACAUGUAUUGAGUGUAGAAGGUUUCCAGAAGCUGAGAUGGGGAUGAGGACAUCCGAGGGAUAAGGAGCCACACACCCAAAAGACCACGAUGAGUUUGGUAGAUGGAGGUAUUGAAUGGGUACAGGAGAGGCAGCAGAGAUACAGGUGGGGGCCAGAUCAGGGUGGACUUUGGGGGUUAGUUCAGGAACUUGACUUCUGUCUCAAGGGCAAUGGGGAGCUCUUAAAGGAUCACACAGAUGCAGCAAAGAGCACAGACUUGGGGGACAGAGCCUGGAGAGGGAUAAGGAGGCUGCUUCAUGAUCCUAAUCUGAGGAAGGGGGCCUGAGGCCUGAGCUAGGGCUGUGGCCUAGGGGUAGGCAGAGAGGUGGUUUGGGAAUUGACAGUUGGGUUGGAAGUGAGCUGUCUCAGCUCAGUCUCACCUCUGCCCAAUCUGCCAGCCCACCUUUUACAGGACUGUGUUGCCUGGCGGGUGGGCAACUAGUCUAUGACUAGUCUGGGGACUUCCUGGCCCCGCUAAGCAGAGCUCACUCUUCCCUGGCCCCAGCUCUAACUCCCCUACUUACUGAAGAAGAUGUUUCUGAGCCUAAGCCCUCAGGCCAGGCGGGUCCUAACCCUAUCUGGCCCACUUCAGAUUCUUUUCAGGGUAAGCUGCCUUCCCAAGGCUUCCUUCUCCACCCUGAUUUUCCUACUUCUUUGGAGGGACUUUGCCUUCCAGGUUACAUGGCCAGGGGCACCUCCACUGUCUGACAGUGGUAUCCCUGCUCGGCCUGAGGCCUCACACUUCAAGACCAAAAUCACAUGGACAUCCAGAUUGGGACAGCCAGAUACGUGCUGCACUUUGCCCAGAUUCCUUGUAACUGCUGUGUCAUUUUGCCUCAUAUCAUCCCAUAGAAUCAUCUGUGCCCUGGCCUGUAUCCCUCCCUUGGCUUCUUCCUGCCCCAUUUCUCUUUGGUUACUGAUAAACUUGUGCUUUUAGACACAA